AUGGACGGACCCGAGCCUGAUACAACGCCCUUCGAUGCCAUCACCACUCAAGGCAAUAAGUUGAUGAGGCAAUACCAAACCUAUCUCGACAAAUCCACCCCCUACGUUUCCUACCGAUGGUCGGCAACCGGAGCCCUGCUUGUCAUGUUCUUCCUCCGUAUCAUCGUCGCCCAAGGCUGGUAUAUCGUCGCCUACUGCCUCGGCAUCUACCUGCUGAAUCUGUUCCUGGCGUUUCUCCAGCCCAAGUUCGAUCCGAGCUUGUCACAAGAUGAAGGUUUAGAAGACGGCGAAGGGUCUGAGCUACCUACAAAACAAGACGAUGAAUUCAGACCGUUCAUCCGACGACUGCCCGAGUUCAAGUUCUGGCAUUCUGCCACCAGGGCUGUCACGAUCAGCUUCCUUUGCAGCUGGUUCGAGAUUUUUAAUCUGCCAGUCUUCUGGCCUGUUCUGGUCAUGUACUGGAUAAUUCUGUUUUCGUUAACGAUGAGACGACAGAUCCAGCAUAUGAUCAAAUACCGCUACGUUCCAUUCUCCUUCGGAAAGGCCAAAUAUGCGAGAAAGACGUGA